AAAAAAAAAAGCUAGGACUUGUAGUUUUACUCAAUUCAGAAGCAAAGGUUUCUUGAAAUUCCGCUGUCUUUGAUCUCUCUGUGUUCAUUGGUUGGGGUUUUUCUUACCAACUUUCUUACUCGUCAAUGGCGUCCCUUCUCUCAAUUCUUCUUCUUCUUCUUCUGGCGUUUACAUCCUCUUUCCAGGGCCUUUUAGCAGAAAGCCGAAAGGAAUUAAAGGAUAAGGAGGCCAGCCAGGAAACUUUCAUACAAUUGGGGCACUCUGUUCAUUCCAACAGAAUUGACCCGUCACGGGUUGUCCAACUCUCUUGGCAACCAAGGGUUUUCUUAUACAAGGGCUUUCUGUCGGAUGAGGAAUGUGACCACCUUAUUACUUUGGCACAUGGAAUGAAGGAAAAUGGUUUGGGAAAUGAUGACAAUUCAGGGCAUGUUGGCACAGACAGGCUGCUUAAAAGUUCAGAAAUUCCUUUAGACAUGGAAGAUGACGUAGUUUCAAGGAUUGAGGAAAGAAUUUCAGCUUGGACUUUCCUUCCCAAAGAGAACAGCAGGCCAUUACAGAUUAUGCGUUAUGGGCUUGAGAAGGUUGACAAGAACUACGAUUAUCUUGGUAAUAAAUCCACGCUGGAACUAACCAAGCCUUUGAUGGCAAUAGUUGUUUUGUAUCUCUCAAAUGUCACUCGGGGUGGUGAGAUUCUCUUUCCUGAUUCAGAGGUGAAGAGUAAGAUUUGGUCCGGUUGUACAAAGAGUAGUAACAUUCUGAGACCUAUUAAAGGGAAUGCUAUUCUGUUCUUCACUAUCCAUCCAAAUGCAUCUCCUGAUAAGAGUAGCUCCCAUGCUAGAUGCCCUAUUGUUGAGGGGGAAAUGUGGCAUGCCACCAAAUUCUUCCACAUAGGAUCCAUCAGAGGGGAAAAAUUAUCAUUGAAAACAGAUGGCACUGAUUGCACAGAUGAAGAAGAAAGUUGUCCCAAGUGGGCUGCCAUUGGGGAAUGCCAAAGAAAUCCUGUAUACAUGAUUGGUUCUCCUGAUUAUUAUGGGACAUGUAGGAAGAGUUGUAAUGCAUGCUGAUAAGUAACCUCUCAUUUUGUCACCAAUUUUAGAGCUGAUUUUGCAUUCUUUGUGAUUGAUCUGUAGUCGAUUCUUGAGCUGUAGCUCUAAAAUUUCACUGAUAGUGGGGAACUUGAUUUGUAACAGUACGCAUAUUGUGAAUAAAGAUAUCCCAAUUUGAAUA